ACGUUGUUAUUGAUGCUGCCGAUUUUAUCCUGUUUUCAAUGAUAAUGUCGUGAAUUUAUCCCAGUUUAAGAACAGGAGUAUUCUUUUAUCCUAAAGAAAUAUUCGUGGCUUACCAAAUUUAUCUAAUAACUUUAGACAUGGCGGAAGUUUGUUUGCUCAUCGACGGCCAGGUGUUCAAAGCAAAAAAAGAAGUUUUAUGCGAGCACAGCGACUAUUUCCGCGCUAUGUUUAGCGGUAACUAUGUGGAAAAUGACAAAAAAGAAAUAUCCAUAGACGUGAUUGAUGCUGAAUCUAUGAAAAUAAUAUUGCAAUACAUGAACAUAGGUUUAAUUGAUCUCACAGAAUAUUCCUUAUCCACUAUUGGCGAGUUAGUAACAGCUGCAAACUUCUUACAAAUCACAGAGUUAAUUAAGCAAAUUGAGUAUACUUUAGAACUCCAAAUAUCACCGGCAAGCUGCAUGGAAAUCAUGAAUAUUGCACAGAAUUCAGCAUUUACUCAGAUAGAACAAUUAUCCGCCACAUGUGGUUUACUUUCAUUUAAGUCUAUGAAACCAGAGUAUAUUCCGAACUUAACCAAACUUUGCUGGUAUCUGUCACACCCAUACUUAAAUGCUUCAAAUGAACUGGAUGUAUUUAACUUUGGCCAUACAUGGCUUUUACAAAAUGAAACUGGUGGAGACGCUUUACUAAUUAUUCUUGGUUGUUUAGACAUUAAAAAGCUCAAUCUUUCCGAUAUAACACAAAUCAAAACUUGUAUGCUAGAAUACCAGAAUAGCUUAGCUGCUAAAGUUGUUGACUGUCUUCACAAUUUGGCUGUUCUUGACAUGGAAUUGUCUGUAGUCUCAUUACAAUCUCAAGAAAAGAUGUUGACGCAUACAUACACAGAGAGAGUAUAUAAUGAAACCUUGAAUAUGGUUAAGGAAAGCCGAUCUAGAUCUUUAACUUACACUCCAGCGGUGCCGGUGUGGGCGAUGAAGGAUGCUAAAUUAGAGAUGGUACCGCACCAUAUGUAUACAUUUAGGGAAAAAGUUGGUUUUGAGAACUGGCUGGAAGUUGCGGAGAAGAAUCUCUGGGGUUGGAGCGUUGUGGGCUGGGGGCCGACGAAGAUUGUGGUGGUUUGCGGAGAACAUGGGCGAGGCACAGGGUUAUUCAUGAAGGAUGUGAAAGUUUACGAUGUGUUGAAGAAAGAAUGGGCUCGGCAUGGAGUGGAGUUGCCGGCUCGGAGACAUGGAGGAGUAGCCAUUGUGGAGGAUUCCCUUUAUCUUAUUGGAGGCGUAGGUGGGUUUAGGGUAACAUUGGACACUGCAGUGGUAUACGACUUGAAACAGCGCUCACACAGGAAGAUCGCGAAACUACCGGACGCCAUACAGAACCCAGCCGUGUGCGCGCACGAAGGCACCAUAUACGCCGCGGGGCACAACAAUAUAUACAAGUACGAGGACUUGGGAGAUACAGAUCGAUGGAUAACGGUGGUCGGCACACAGAUCCGGUCGAGCUGUAUGGUGUCGUAUAAGGGCUACAUAUACUGCACGCAGAGCUACUUCAGCCACCUUUACCGCUUCAGGCCCGGAGUGGACGACCGCCUCUAUGCGGUCACCCAGUUUACCAAUCCACCGGCCACUUUUUGUAACUUAGGAAACCGUCUACUAUUCUUCACUCGCUCCAUGUGCGGUCAAGCAGACGUCCUGAACGUAGAAGAAUACCUCGGAAAUAGCACAGAAGAGAAGCCAAGAGUCAUCUGGCGGCAGAGCGAGAGCGCGAUAAAGCUUAACGAUGUAGCUGGCUCCUGUUCAUUGGUGUUGUCUGCACCGCCAUUAAGGCCAGAUAGCUCGAAUUAUACUAAGAAGUAUUUAAAGAGGUAUGAAACACAGUAAUGUGACUGUUGUAGUAAGGUACUUACGUUUUUUCUUAGACUUUACAUACGUUAUUCGCUCAAUGAAUCAUAGAAAUCUGACUUGUGGUUCCUAAGAUUAUAAUUUCUAAUCUUCCC